GAAAGUGACUCAAAUGCAGCACGAGUUGAUCUUUAUCAUUGGCUACAUCCAGAUUCAAUCAACCUGUGGUGGGCGGGCAUUAAGACUUUCAUCCAAUCCGAUCAUUGCCUGGCUGCGCUGCCCCCUCGACAGUCAGAAACAUGGCGUUGCGGGAGCUAUCAUCGCUGGAGAAAUACUUAGGCCUGAAAAAGCCGAAUAAGUACAGUACACAAGGCGAUAAAAAGAAUAACAAUGGCCCCCCGUUGGUGGGGUUGGUGACCAUCGCCUGCCACCUGGUGAAAGAAGCAAAGCGACCCGAGCUGCUGGGUGACACGGCAGAGAACAGGGCAGUGGUCCAGCAGUGGCUCGAGUUUAGAGUGACCAAGCUUGACGGUUGCACAAAGGAAGAUAUCAAGACCAUCCUGAAGGACCUCAACGUCUACCUGCAGGAUAAGGUCUACCUGGCAGGAAACAAGUUCACCUUAGCCGAUAGCCUUGUGUACUUUGGAAUUCAUCCACUCCUAGUUGACCUGGCCGUCCAGGAAAAGGAGCAGUAUCUAAACGUGGCGCGAUGGUUCGACCACAUCCAGCACCGUCCCGGUGUCCGACACCACCUCCCUCCAUUAGUUGUGCUCAGGAACAGAAUUUACACCGGCAGGCACCACUGAGCCCGGAAAACGCCACCCUCCCUCCCU